AUGCCGUUUAAUUCUGGCCGCCAUGUAUCAGUUACACUUGAAAUCAAAUUUCGACAAGUCCAUUCGGAUGAGGGUGGUCGCUUCACACACAACUACCGGCCCGUUCAACCUUUAAACGGAAGAAGAAUCUUAUAUAGACCAAGCUCUUUCGAUAAAAAUUUCCUUUGCGGUGGGCAACAAGCUAGCAACAUUUUAGCAGCUAUUGCAGUGACUAUGAUAGCUUAUCUUCUCUAA